AUGGCCGUGACUCCCAUGACUACUAGUUGCUCCACCGCCGGCAGUCGGCUCGAAGUGCGAUCCUGGGAAAAGCUACACCCGCAUGGAGACGUGUACAGUCCACGCACAGGCCACACAGUCACCAGCAAAGAUGGCCGAGUGUAUGUCUUCGGCGGCACAGAUCGUAGAAGACGUCAACAGGAUCUGUACCAGCUGGAUCUCGAGACGAGCUCGUGGUCGCAGGUGCAGACGCACGGUGCUCUCCCGCCGAGGCGCUCAGGGGCGCUAGGAGUUGUCCACGAAAGCGACAUGUUCAUCUUCGGAGGCUACGACGGUCGUGAUGGCAACUACUUCAACGAUCUGUACUACUUCAACUUCGACGAACAGAGGUGGAGCCAGAUGCCCAGCGUCGUGGAGGACCGACCGGAAGCUCGCACUGACCACAUCAUGGUGCUGCACUCGUCCAGUAUUUAUAUUUUCGGAGGCUACAACGGCUCGAGUCGUUUCAACGACCUCUGUGGCUACGACAUUCAGGCACAACGCUGGAGCCGAUUGCAGGCCCAGGGCGCCGUCCCGUCCAGACGCUUUGGCCACAGUGGUGUCGUGCACACAGAGACCAACCGGUUGAUCGUUUUUGGAGGGUGGGAUGGACGCGACACACUGAACGACCUGUACGAGUACAGCUUUGUCACGAACGAGUGGAGGAAGCUGGAGACGACUGGCAGUAGCCCACCGCACAGAUACCGUCAUACAGCCGUGAUUUUCGGCGACAACAUGUUUGUCUUUGGGGGUGUGGACAAGACACACAGCCGCUUUAACGACCUGCAACGCCUCGACUUGGUGACCAACACGUGGAGUGAAGUUUGUACGACUGGAAGCAUCCCAAGUAGUCGAACGUUCCACCGAGCUGUGGUCGUGGAUAGCAAAAUGUACUUGUUAGGAGGAUACGACGGCACGGACAGACUGCAGGAUUUGUACUCGAUUGAUAUUGGAGCACUCACACCUCCGUCACUCUUGGAUAUCUGCGCCGACUACGUCCGAACGAAUCUUGACGCUGUGUUGGAGACAACGACUUUCAAGGGGGUCCCGAUGGACAUCAUUGACCACGUAAUUUUCAAGCGCGAUCUUGAAGGACGACUGCGAGGAAAGUGCAAGCUCUGCCGACCAGGAAGAUGUUGUGUGUAUCGAAUGCAGAAGAUGGAGGCUUGUCCACAGGACAAACAGGAUCCACACUUUGGCUGUGUGUGCGGACACUCUACAUUCCACCACGAAGUGAUAGAGGAAUCAAAACUUUACGGCAAGAAGCCGGCUGGAUCAACAUCAACAAAAGUUCUUAUGCUCUGCGGCUCCAUUUACAAGCGCCUAUUCGACUCAACUUCGUCCACGGCGUCAACUUCAUCGCUUCUUUCAUCUCCUCGCAGUCGCUACUCUGACGAAGGUUCAAACAAUGAGAAAGAAUGCUUAGCAUAG